AUGCAACCUGACUCCACUGUCGACGAUCUAAUGGACUCCACAAAGGCGACAGCUGACAGCGGUGCGGCUAUCUUUCUGAGCCCUGUGCCUAGCGAUAAUCCCGCAGACUCUUUGAACUGGAGCACGCGACGAAAAUGGUGCAUCAUGAUAUUACUUGGCUUUGCGACGGGUGCAGCACUGUCCGUGGAAAACUUCCUUACCAAUCUGACCCCAGAACUAUACCGCAAAUUCCCUGACGAGCCGAAAUCGGCUAUUCAUCGGCUACUCAAUGUGAUUGUUCCCAUGGUCGGUCCUGGGGCCCUGAUAUUUGUACCUCUGGGAGUCGUCUAUGGCAGAAGGCUAUCGCUACUACUUUCACUGCUCGUUCUAUUAGCCUCAACAUUGUGGGCUGGACUCACGACUUCGUUCGGCUCGCUCUAUGCCGCUCGUAUCAUCCAGGGACUUGCCUGUGGUCCGACAGACGCAUUGUUUCUGACUGUUAUUCAAGACUGUACCUUUAUCCACGAGCGUGGUGGAAUGCUAGGUGCUGUCGUGAUGCUUCAAUUGGCCUUACAGGCUGGACUGUCCAUUAUAGUGACCUACGUGUCCAUCCAUGUCAGUUUCAAGUGGACUUUUAUCCUGUAUGCUUGCAUCAUCGCGGUUUGUAUAGUUUGGAUGUUUUUCUUUAUGCCUGAAACCAGCCGAAGCAAAUUUGAGCAGGAAAGCCUGACCCCAAUCACGAUAUCCGAGUUCCAGCAAUCCCGACAACUUAUGCGUAAAAUGACAUGGAAAGAGUCUCUCGCUGUUUGGUCAGGUCACUCUCAGCGGGCCAAUGAGACUUUCUUACACAUCUUCCAACAGAUUUUGCUGGCUCUAACCUCCACAGUCUACUGGUGGUGUAUUCUGAUGACAACAAUUACCACGGGCGCCAAUGUGGCUUUGAUCAAUUUGUCGGUUUUUCCAGCCGCAUUCUUGAACUGGCUUAUUACCGGUUGGGCAUCUGACAAGCUUGUCCUGCGGUUUGUUCGCGGCAAUACCGAGGCAAUUCUUCCAGAAUACCGCCUAAUCCCACUUGUCUUCCCUGUGAUAUGCGCAAUUAUCGGUCACAUCGCCUUUGGCUGUCUAGCGCAACACUACUUGGUCACCAACCCAGGGGGACCACAGGUGCAUUGGUUUGCCUUAGUAGUAAUCAGCUGCUUACAGUAUAUUGGGUUUGGCGGGGUGCUCGAGGUCGUCCUCACGUUCUUGGGUGCCACUGCUGAUCCCAAUCAGUCGCUCGCCAUUAUGACCGCUGUUACGGUUAUCCGUGAUAUUGCAGCAUUUGGGAUUAGUUACGGGACUUACGACUUUUCUGUCAAGGUGGGAUAUGCGGCGAGCUUUGGAAUCUAUGCCAUGUUAAUAGGAGUUAUCGCUUUUGGGGCAAUUCCAAUCUUUCUGUUCGGAGUGAGGCCUAGAGUCUCAGCCUCCUGA